AUGGAGGAAACUGGCAUGAAUGGAAGCGGUGCAGCAGCAGCCACGGAAACAACCACGACGGCAUCGAUACCAGCGCCAGCGCCAGCGCCAGCGCCAGCAUGCUCGGCUGCCGCAAUCGCAAGACAAAAGGAGGAAUCCCAAGAAGCGGCUGCGCAGGCAAGGGCGCGGUUUGCACAGGGGAAAGCCGGCGAUGCAGGCGGCCCGUUGAUCACCCCCGUCACUUCCGUCUGGCCGCCGCCGUACUACUUUGAGGGGGAUCUGCGACGUGUACGGCCGUAUUUCUGGACGUACAACACGUACUGCAAGGAGAGGUGGCGAGGCAGGAGCUUGAUUGAGGUCUUUGAGUCGGAGUUUCGAGACCGUCCGGCCGAGUACUACCGGAACACGAUGGAAACCGGGGACAUCUUCGUCAACGGCAAGCGAGUCGGGCCCGACUACGUCCUGCGGAACGGGGACCUGAUAUCGCACACGAUGCACCGGCACGAGCCGCCCGUCACGUCGGAACCGGUCGGCGUGAUCCACGAGGACGAGGAGAUGAUUGUCAUCAACAAGCCGUCGGGCGUGCCGGUGCACCCGGCCGGGCGGUACAAGUUCAACUCGGUGCUGGAGAUUAUGAAGGCGGAGCGCGGGGAGCAGUUCAUGCCGUACCCGUGCAACCGGCUGGACCGGCUGACCAGCGGCAUCAUGUUUGUCGCCAAGAGCGUCAAGGCGGCGGAAGCGCUGGGCAGCCAGAUCAAGUCGCGCACCGUGAGGAAGGAGUACAUGGCGCGGGUGGUGGGCGAGUUCCCCGAGGGCGAGGUGGUGUGCGACCAGCCCAUCCUGUCGAUAUCGCCCAAGCUGGGUCUCAACCGCGUGCGCGCCAACGGCAAGCCCGCGCGAACCGUCUUCAAACGGCUUGCGUACUACCCUCCUCCUCCUCCUCAUCCUCGCCCGCCGAGGAACGACGACCGAGGAGGCUCCGGCGUCGAGGGGGGUUCGGCCGGCGAAGAACCAGCCCGCCGCGACGGGCGGCCAGAGGCUUCCGAGGGAUCCGAGGGGAGGCCCUGGACGAACAAGGCCGGGUACUCCAUCGUCCGGUGCCUUCCGGUGACGGGGCGCACGCACCAGAUCAGGGUGCACCUGCAGUACCUCGGGCAUCCGAUCCAGAACGACCCCAUCUACGCGAACCAGCGAGUAUGGGGCUUCAAGCUGGGCCGGCAGGACGCCGACGGCACGGAAACGACGGACGAGGACGUCAUCAGCAGGCUGUCGCGCAUGGGCAAGGAGGAAGUGGCCCAAGCCGUGGUGUACUACGACGAGAUGGUGGACAAGUACGAGAAGCAGCGGGCAGAGAAGAUGACGGGCGAGACAUGCCGAGUGUGCGCCACGCCGCUGUACUCUGACCCGGGGAUGCACGAGCUCUCGCUGUGGCUUCACAGCCUGCGGUACGAGGACGCCGACGGCGCGUGGUCGUACAAGAGCCCUCUGCCCACAUGGGCCCUCCCGCCCGAGGGCAUGGCUGGGCCCACGGCAGUCGGAGGCAUGGAAGAGCUGGUGGAUGCUGUCAAGGACGAGGACCUGGUAGCUGUCGGAUAA